CCCUCUCGUCUCGCCCCCAAGCUCUAUCGUUGUUGUUGUUGAGGUUGAUAAUGGCGGCAGUGGGAUGCGGGUCAGUUGCAGCGACUGCUGUCGGUGGUCCAAGCAUUACAGUUUCGGUUCGGGGUCGCUUUCCGGGUCGACCAUGGACGUCUCGUAGCCGAUUGCGUUCGGAGAAACGUUUGCAGAUCGGUCGGUUACGGACCGAAGAUGAAGAAACUGCAACUGGAGGCCCGAGGCCCACAGGCGUUGGACUUACGCUUAAUGAGGAUCCGACACUCUUGCGCUUACUCGGGAUGGUGGAGAAGCACAAGCACCAGGCAGAGGCCGGCUACAGUUCCAGUGGCAGUGAGGAGGGAGAAGACUUCAAAGGCUUUGAAGUACAGAAUGAAGGCAACAGAACAGAUUCCCUACGUUCAGGAAAUAAUUCCUCCAAAAGUUACCCCCUCAAUAUUGAAUCACAGAAACGGGUUGAAGAGGGGUCUCAUCCAGAAUCAGAUCAAACAGAAUUGGUCCCUGCAUCACCAUUUCUGAAAAAAGGCUCUAAACCCUCUCAGGAACCUAGGCAGACACCAGUUGCUGCUAAACCUUUGAAGAAUGACAUCAAAAGUUCUAAAAAUAACCCAAAAAAACUUGGUACAUCCUUGACUCGGGGUACAGGAAAAACUGCAGCAAAAUCCACAAUUACUGUCAAACUAGUUGCCAAAAAGACAGUCAAGAAGAAAGCAGUGUCUGGUCAGAAACCAUUGAAGAACGUGAAGUUGCCAGGGCUCAAGUUCCUCUCCAAAGGCAAGAAAUUGCAAACUCCAAAGGCCUCCAGUGCCCAAGUGAAGUUAAAGAAACAGAAGCAACUUGGUGAGCUAGAAACUCUUGUAAAAGGGGCUCAUGGUAAAAGAGGAGCCACAGCUACAAGUAAAGGAAAGAGCUUUGCUGACAAGGCAAUGGAAGCCAGCAAUGGAAGGAAUGAGGUGAAACUCAAGGUUUCAGAGGGUCAGAGGGUGGAUGUGAAAAAAUCUUUGGGGAAAUCUCAGCUUGUCCCUAAAAGAGGGACACCUAAAAGAAAAUUUGGACAAAAGGAUUCAGAGGCAAGUGCUGGAGUCAACAAGGCAACAGGGCAGACAAAUGAUAAAAAAGCCAACCAGAAUUAUGAAGCUGAUGGAAGUUCUAUGGAAGAAUCGGAAAGCCUUGUUAAAGAGGAAAGUACAGCUGACCUGUUGUCCGAGGGAGAAAGGGAAGUAGACUCAACUUUGGAGAUUAGUAGCAGAAAGGGCAAUCAGAAGGGGAGGUGGCAGAGAAAUCAAAACCAACAUGCCUCGAACAUUCCACAUACAGAGUCAGAAAAGCUUUCAGGAACGAAGAGCCUGGCCUUUGAAAGCAAGAAUCAAGAUCUCGGUAUCCCAGGUUUAAAAUUAAAAAGAGUGAGGAACCCCAAAGCUGUGCUUGCCAGUUCAGCCAGAGCUCGACCCACUGGUCAGGACUUGAAAGGGUUGACGUGUAAGAAACAAAGCAAAUUUGUGUGGACCCUAACAGUGGUAAAGGGCAAGGGGAAAGUACUCAAAAGGCAAGAGUCUAGUAAAAUGACACAGAAGAGGAAAGCUGAAGAGAUGAUUACGGAUGAAAACACAGCUGGUUGCCCAGCAGCUGGACCACGCAAAUGUUCCCAGAAGCAGCAGAAAACAUUUAAGAGAAGAGGAAAGACCAAAGAGGAGCUUAGUUUGAGAAAGAUGAUGGAAGCACAUUCAGAGGAUGCAGCCCCAUCAAACAUUUUUUGUGGAAAAGAUGUUGUACCACCACUGAAGCUGAAGGUUGUCUCCUCACAAAGCAAACAAAAGGGUUUGCAGCAGUCACUUGUGAUCCGUCAGAAUGAUCGUGACAUCAGUGAACAUGAACCUCUUGGAAAUGCCAGCAAAGUUCCAGGAGACCCAUCUAGAUUGUCUGAUUUAAAUGGCUCACCAUCUCAUAAAUUGGAGAUCAGGUCUCCCCUAAUCCCCUCACCGAAGGCCGGCUUUAAGCCACAUAUUCCACAGAAAGGAAGGGUUCAGAACGUCUGUGAUGCUGAACACGCUACAGUUCAGUCACAGAAAUGUCCUGGAGUGCAUUUUGCCUCUAGUUCACAGCAGCUAACUGAUGAAGCUAGAGUUUCAAAGGACUUGUCUUCACCAAAGGAGGAUGAGAGGCAGAAACGUGAGGGCACGGAUUCUAUUGAAUCGGCAACAUCUGAAGCUGUGACAAAUAAAAAAGGUGACAAUGGACAGGAGAUGAAAAUUGAGGUAACUGAAGAGGGAGAUUGCUCCGAGUUGCCCGAACAGCCAAAGCGGCGAAUCAGAAAGCCAUUCAAACAGAAGAGACGCAAAUCACUAUUUGGGUAUCGAAGGAAGCCAGAAGAGCUGCCUGUACGACCAAACCACGGGCCAAAGCGAUAUAGGCGUAAGUUUGUCACUUUCGUUUAUGAACCGAUCCCAGAUGCGUCUGAAGGAGGAGUGAUGGCAGAGGAAUCACAGUCUACCUCCACGGACUGCCAGCAAAGUGCAGUCCAAGACUCCCCUUCGGCUAUGGCCGUGAGCGGCAGGUCCUCCAGAGUCAUCAAGACACCAAAAAGGUUCAUGGAUGAUGAAGAUAUGUCCUUGCUUCCAUCUAGAAUGCCUCAGAAAAAAAGUCCCCUUAGCUUGCAUCCUCGGUCAUUGAGUAAAACGGAAGAUGGUUCUCUGGAAGACAUGUUUUCUUUUUUGGACGAUGAAGACUAUCUUGAGGAACCCAUCUUUAAAUCUGAAGACAUCGAUGUGUCCCAAACCAUGGAGACCUACUGUGAUCCAGGGCCUGAAGCUGAAAGCCAAACUUCACUUAGCCUAUCUGGAAAGCGGAAAACCCCUUUGCGAGAGCCCAAUUUUAAGUGGCGAGUGUUGGAGGAUCCUGAAGAGGAGGCAUAUGCACAACAAAGUAUGAAGCAACUGUCCUUCAAAGACGUAAUGUCCUCAGACUCCACAACUGUCUCUGCUAUGCCCCUGAAGAAGGUUCCCAAGCUUAGCCAGCCCUCGGCACUAAACAUCUAUGAGAAACUUAAGAAGCUGACCUCGUGUGCGAACCGGAAGAAGAAGGUCAAGGAAGGCGUUGGCAGAAAAUUUGGGUCCUCUGCAUAUGCUAAGAAAACAGGAUGGGGUGUACAAGGAAGGGGGCCCCAUGAUCCCUAUCUGACUCCAUCGUUCUCACGCACAAAGAAGAGAAAGAAAACCAAACUUAAGAUAGAGGACCUUAAUUCCCCCGGAGUAGUGCGGAAAGUGGCGGUGCAUGUCCGUUCCAAUCCUCAGGGGCCAGAAUAUGGGAAGGAGAUGGUGGAGGGAGAGACAGCCGAUGGAAAUUCAUGCUCCUUCAAGCCGGCAGACACGAUUAAACGAGAAGAUUACUCUCUGAACCUUGGUUAUGGAGAGCCAAUACAGGACCAGAUAGAGCACCGGGAGCAGGUAGUGGUAGAGGAAAAGGGGACCACACACAGAAUCUCCCUUUCUUGUGCCAACAAGAAGAUGUUCCACUUACUGAAGAGAGCCAAGGUUCAACUAAUCAAGAUUGACCAGCAGAAACAGUUGAAGACCUCCCAGCUCCUGUCUGGGUCUGUUAGUGUGGGAUCCCAAGAUAGGGGUUCACUCAAGUUGAAGAGGAGGAGAGUGGUCCGGACAUCAAAGAAUUAUUCUCCUCAGGAACGGCCCCUGGGUGGCCCUCGGAUCAAGCACGUUUGCCGGGCAGCAGCUGUGGCCCUGGGCCAGCCCCGCGCCAUGGUGCCCGAUGAUAUCCCCAGACUCAGCGCCCUGCCACUCCAUGAGAGAGCGGGCAUCACCCCCUCACCAGCUUUAGAAGACCUGGGGUCCCCCUCAGAACCGGAGAGCCCCACCUUGCACGAGCACAGAACCCCGAAGGUCAGGAAGGUGGGUGCGGCCAGCCGGAAUCAGGGCGACUACGGGCCGUCGGGCCUGAGGUCUCGCAGGUGCGGCAGGUGCAAGGGCUGCCUCCACGAGGAGGACUGCGGCGAGUGCAUCCACUGCCUGGACAAGCCCAAGUUCGGGGGACCCAACACCAAGCGCCAAUGCUGCGUGUACAAGAAGUGUGCUAAGAUCGAAGAGCGAAAGGCGAGGCGCAUGGGCUACAAGCCCAAGGCCUACGUGAAGCGGCGGCGACUGUCGGCCGGGGCUUGCCACUCCAGCAACGACGAAGGCGAGGGGGCCGAGGGGACGGAGCGGCCGGCGUCGGCGCCCCCUGCUGACGAAGAGAGCCCCACGCUGCGGAAACAGCCCCGGCGCGGCGUGAAGCCACGCUCCUACUGCGACCUGCUGGACUCCGACUCGGACCCGGACGCCCCGGCGGGAUCCAGCUCCGCCUCCCUGGCCAAGAGGAGGGCCACUACCUCACGUAGGGACUGGGCCUCCCCCGACGACGAGCCGGACGACGCCUCGGGAGAAGGAGCGCGGCAGCGCCGGCCCGGCCAGCACAGGGGUCCUCCAGGGCGCCGCCGAGCCGAAAAGCAGUCCCCCCCCACACAGGCACAGCAGGACCGGGACCGCGCCGACGCCCCUCCUGACCCCACGGGGUCCGCCUUCGCGCUCGCGGAGCGGCUGCUCCUGGGCGCGGAGCAGUCGCCCCCGCGGCCCCCACCAGACGACCCAGCAGCAGAACGGGCCCCGGAGGCCCCGCCGACGGAGCAAACGCGGGGAGGUGGUGAGACGGAAUUGCCGGUGGACGAAGAGGACGAGGAGGAGGAGGAGGACGAAGAAGAGAAGGGCAAAGGGGACGGUGCCCAUACUGAUCCCCACUUUCUCCUUGAUUCCCAGAGCCCCCUGGAGCAAACGCCUCCCAGCAUCCUGGCCGCGCUGGCCAACGGGUUCACCCAGCGGGAGAGGGAGCCGUCCGAGCCGUCGCACAAGAUCCGCGUCGACUUCAAGGAGGACUGUAGCCUCCAAAAUGUCUGGCUGAUGGGGGGCCUCAGUAUCCUCACCUCCACCCCCAUCAUCCCCCAGCAGGUCUGUCUGCUCUGCGCCAGCAAAGGACAGCACCAGAUGCUCUACUGUCAGGUCUGCUGCGAGCCCUUCCAUUGGUUCUGCCUGGACCCAGGAGAGCGCCCCCUAGAGGAGAACAAGGAGAACUGGUGCUGCCGCCGCUGCAAGUUCUGUCACGUGUGCGGCCGCAAGAGCAAGCUCUCAAAGUCUCUGUUGGAGUGUGGGAGAUGCCAGAAUAGCUAUCACAUUGCCUGUCUGGGACCAAACUAUCCCAAACUCAGCAAAUGUAAAACUACUUGGGUGUGCAUGUCGUGCAUCCGCUGUAAGGGGUGCGAGGGGACCCCGGGGAAGAGCUUCGAUACGGACUGGGACCAUGAGCGGAGCCUCUGCCCCGACUGCAGCACGCUCCAUGACCAGGGUAACUUCUGCCCCAUCUGCUUCAAGUGCUACGAGGACAACGACUACGACAGUCAGAUGAUCCAGUGCUCGCAGUGCAACCACUGGGUCCAUGCCAAGUGUGAGGGACUGUCGGACGACCUGUACGAGAUCCUGUCCAACCUGCCGGAGAGCGUGGUGUACACGUGCAUGCCCUGCAGCAGGACCCAGCCCAGCGCCUGGAGGGAGGUGCUGCAGGAGGAGCUGAGGACAGGGCUGGAGAAGGUGCUGACCAGCCUGCUCAACUCCACCCUCACCCAGGACCUGGCCCAGUGCAGCGAGUGCGCGGUGCUUAGCGAUCCUGAAAUCACGGUGGACACGCGGCCCGCCUGCGAUCUCCACAUCAUCGACAGGAAGCUAGACCAGGGCCUCUAUACAUCACUGAAAUCAUUCCAUGAGGACGUGGUCCAUGUGAUCGCGAAGAUUCUAGAAAAGGAGUCUGAUGAACUUCUCCCUGAAGACCAGAGGCCCGCCUCACUGGCCAGAUCCUACUACUUAAAUGUGUUGGAGGAGGUGUUCAGCUGGUUCAACAGCCAGGACCUGAAAGCGUGGGACUCGAGUCCCACAGAAUUUCCACCUGGAAUGCUCCCCAACGCUGUGCUGCCCCCCUCCUCUGAGCACCUCUAUGCCCAGUGGAGGGAGAGAGAGGACCCGUGCGUCGCUGAGCCGGGGGACCCCCAGCAGGGGGGCUACGGAGGUCUGGAGCUCACGCCCACAGAGGGCCUCUCUCCCGCCACCCACAAAGCACUCAGCCAGCACCCCAGGAACACCGGAGGCUUCCACAAGUUCCAAGAAAAGAGGGGGCGUCAGUUCACUGCUGACCCGGAGUCCAGCUGGGCCAAGCAAGAUGAGCGGCAGUGUUCCCUGUGCCAGAAGUAUGGGGACGCCAAGCCCAACGACGCGGGACGCUUGCUGUAUUUGGGUCAGAACGAGUGGGCGCACGUCAACUGCUCCCUGUGGUCGGCAGAGGUGUACGAGGAUAACGGCUCUCUGAUGCACGUGCACAGUGCCGUCGCCAGGGGGCGCUUCAUGCGCUGCGAGCGGUGUAACCAGACGGGGGCGACAGUGGGCUGCUGCCUUACCUCCUGCCAGAGUAACUACCACUUCAUGUGUGCCCGAGCCCGCAACUGCGUCUUCCAGGAUGACAAGAAGGUCUUCUGCCAGGCACAUAGAGACCUCAUCACUGAGAAGGUGGUCACUGGAAACGGGUUUGAGGUUCUUCGGCGGGUCUUUGUGGACUUUGAGGGAAUCAGUCUCCGCAGGAAAUUCCUGACUGGCUUGGAGCCAGAGUCUAUUAACAUGAUGAUAGGGUCUUUGUUGAUUAACAACCUGGGAGUGCUGACUGAACUGUCGGCGAGUCAGGGCAAACUCUUCCCAGUGGGCUAUCAGUGCUCCCGUUGGUACUGGAGCACAGUGGACCCCCGUCGGCGCUGCCGGUACACCUGCAAGGUGAAGGAGGUGCGCCCGUCGGUGCAGGAGAAGCCUGCGGAGGAGCCGCUGGAUCAGGGAGACAAUCGCACCAUCGUGCACAGCCCCAGGGCCCACACAGAAAUGGAAAUACCAGAGCCUGAGAUGGCUCUCCCCAAUCCUCCACCACCUGAGGCACCACCUAGCACACCAUCUUCGUCCUCCAAAGCAGAUACAGGAGCUGUAGCCAAAGUUCCCAGCUACCCACAAGCCAGAAGACCAGCAGGGGGGAUUUGCCGUCCUCUGCCAUCCCCAGGGAACGCCUCCUCUAAAUCCCACCCUAUUCUGACCAUUGGGGACCUGGAAGAGGCUCGCCGACCACGUCGCCACGGCCCCAUCUCCCAUAGUGUCAGCACCCGAAGCCGUGUCACCUCUCCCCUCUCAGGCAUCCCGUCAGAACCCAUCUCGCUCCGCUCGGGCGAGUCCCUUCAUUCCAAAAGCCAUCCAGUUCUCUCUCCGCUUUCUCCCCUCAGCGCCACGGAAAACCUGCAGCCCUCUCCCCCAUCCGGGCGUGUCAGUCGAAAUGUUCCCUCUGUCAAGGGUACGGUCAUGGCUCCCCACGUUGCCCCUGAGCUUCGCUUAGUCGGCAGCCCCCCACCAUCCCUUCCUGGCAGCCAGUGCUCCCAGACCCUCCGCAGCUUUCCCAUGCCCAGACUUCCCUUCGAAAUCGGCAAGGCGGAUUCAGCAGAGGUGCCCCAGGACAUCCUGACCACAGUAGAACCUGAAGACGUGGUGGCAGUGGAAGGAACCUGCCUGCCCCAGCUUUGUGAUGACCCUGGCCAAGGACACGGUACUCAUAUGAUCUCUGAUCAAGAAUUUCCUUUCGCCCCUUUUGAUGUGGACUCUGAUGCGGCCAUGGCAUCCGUGUUGAACAGCAAGCUGGAGUUCAGUGAGACCCUGCUGAACGAGAGCAGCUGCGGGGCCCAGAUUGUGGUGGGCGGGGAAGAAGUGGAGGUGAACCCAGAAGGGCUUGGAGACGAUGCGGAAGACAGUGACAAAGCGGCCGCUGUUGUUAAAGCCCUGUCUCUACCCAUGGCGUCCGCCAGGGUGGACUGGGGAAACGUCUCCUCCGACGAGGACAUGGAUAAUUACUUUGACUUUUCUCGGACUGUCGUUACCUCUGAGGCUCCCAGGGACCCAGAACAGACCCUUGUCCCUCCUUCCUCAGAGUCUAUUCCCCAGCUGGAUGGCAUCGAUGAUGGGACUGAAAGUGAUGCCAGUGAAGCAACCAAUGAUGGGACUCAUAACCUAAAGAGCACUGGCCAAACCCGGAAGGCAACACAGUUGCCCGAGGUUGCACCACAAGAAGACAAUCAAGGUAAUGACCUGAAUCACCCAAGCACACCUUCUUCAAGUCCAGCCUGUACACAGGGGCAGUUGAAGGCCUCAUCAUACAGUGAGGAAUCCUUAACAUCAACCAAAGCUAGUUCCUUAUCACCUUCAGAAGCCCAGACAGAGAACAUGUCUUUUGGAUACUUGAAAGUGGAUUCCUCUCAACAAGAUGGUGCUGUUCCACCACUGGAAACCUAUGAGGUGUCAACAGAAGCCAUUUUGCCCAUUGAAAACAGUCUCAUGGAUGUGGGCACUGAAAACCAUCAGGUGAUUGAAGUGAUUUCAUCUUUAGAAAAUGGGGAUGUAGAACAUGCAGCAACCCAAGAGGAGCCCACUAUUAUUUUUGAAGUGCAGACUGUGCCAGCAGAAGGUACUGAGUCCAGCACCACAGAGGCAACCUUUACAGAGGGAUCGGUGCACGGGGAGCUCUCCUUACUGCAAGGGUCAGAUUCUGAAACUGUCUCCGGGACCUUUCUAGUCUGCGAAAGCGAUGACCUUCCAACAUCAAGUGGUGCUUACGCUGACCUUGUCACAGGUUCAGAGGAGGUCCCAAUGGUUAGUGAGCCCACAGAAGUCCAAAGAGAGAUUUUCCUCGAUCCCGACAGUGGGCAUUUUGUCGCUGACGAUGGCACCAUUCUCUAUCUUACGGAACGAACGGAGGAUGAUGAUUCACCUGCUCUAUCGCCUGUGAACAAGGACCAGGAAGCGGCAACAGGUCCUCCCACAAUGAGCACCAUUCCCGUACCCAACCCUGCCCCUGUGGAUUCUUUGAGAAUCAGCCCAUCUGUAAAACUGACCGUGCCCCCACCUAAUCCCACACCCGUUACUUACAUUCGAGCUACGAUGGACCCUCUGCGGCCUUCUGGGGUGAAGAACAGUAUUCCAUCGGCUCAGAGUGUGCAGACCACAGUGACGCCAUCCACAGGCUAUAGGCAACCCACUCCAACUGUAUCCCUGCCAGUUUCCUCAACGACUGUGAGGAUCCUGCCAUCCUCUCCUGCAAUUGCCACCCGUUCAUUUCAGAUGAGCAGUACCCCCACUUCAGCCCCUAUUAUCAUUAACGGAUUCAACUCUGCACCCUGUCAGAGGGAAGCCCCCAGAACCAUCUCCAUCAACAUCUCCAGCCCUAAGCCAGUGCUCGCCCCACAACAGCAGGUCAUGUCCCAGACGCUGCCAGGCCACACAAUCCUCACCGUGCGGGAAAUGGGCAGCUCCAGCAUGGAACACGCAUCCCCGCAGGUCUUGCUCGUCAACAGUCAAGGUCAGAUCUUCACCAAGAACCCGGAGAGCAACACCUUCCAACUCCCUACCUCCAAUUGCCCAUCCUUCAGUUCCAUCAGCAGGAUCGCCAGUCUUCUUCAGGGCAGCAGUGUCUCUAUUGCACCCGCCACAACAGGCAACAUGCCCCAGGUCCAAAGGGUGGUGCCAUCCCAGCAUGUGGUCAUCAACCCUGCCACCCCUACUCAUGUUAUAACAUACAGGAACAAAGGGGUUGUGACCACAAGGCCCCUGGAGGGUCUUGCAUCUGAGGACAAGAAGCCCAGGAGGAGAGGCGCUGUGGCUAACAUAAGGUCCAAGUCUGACCUCAGGCCUGACCCAUCAGUUUGGUCUGUUGUCAGUGGUAGUGCUGAAGCCAUAAUCAACCAAGCCAUGACCAGUCAACAGAACUCCGUUCAGACCAGCAUCCUAAGCCCCUCCCAGUUCCGUAUCCAUCCUGUUCUGAAUAGAGUCCAAGCCAUUAGUCCCGUGGUGCUUCCCUCUGGUGUGCGUCUCGGAUCACAGCCCGCCACCCCUCUUUCACGCUCUCAGGUCCGAGUCAAGAGGGUGUCUUCGGCACCCGGGCGCAGCAGUACCAAGAAACCCAAAGUUGACUUUGCUGAUCCGGAGUCCCCUGGUGGUCUGGAGGAACCACACAAAGCCGGCUGUAUGGCAACCAGCAGACUUGGGGGUGUUCGCAUCAAAAUGCCUUCUGCAAAAGAGGAACUGGACUUGGCCAAGCUGAAGGAAGGUUACCACAAUAACUCUGAGAACACAAGAUCUAGCCACUGGAAUCGUCUGUCCACUGUGUCUCGAGGUAACGCGAAACCCUCAGCCUGGGGCUGCUCUCGACACAGCUCCCUCAGCGACAGCGAUUUCUCAAGUACCAGCCUGAGCUCUGAUGAUGAGAGCCCUCCACCUGAGCUAGAGGAGGAGACCCCGCCCAACAGAGACCAGCCCCACCUGCGCUUUGAGAUCACCAGUGAGGAUGGCUUCAGUGUGGAGGCUGACAGCAUAGAGGUGGCGUGGCGAGCGGUGAUGGAGGGGGUGCAGGAGGCGCGGGCGGGCUACCGGCUGAAGCAGCUGUCCUUCACUGGCACGAGUGGCGCACGCAUGCUGGGGGUCCUCCACGACGCCGUGGUCUUCCUGGUGGAGCAGCUCCAGGGCGCCUCCCGCUGCCAGAAGCACCGCUUCCGCUUCCACCACCAGAAGAAGCAGGAGGAAGAGCUGCCCGUCAACCCCAGCGGCUGCGCGCGCGCCGAGGUCUACCUGCGGAAGUCCACCUUUGACAUGUUCAAUUUCCUGGCCUCCCAACACCGGCAGCUCCCAGACAUUGGGCCGUAUGACGAGGAGGAGGAUGAAGUCCCACUCAAAUCUACCAGACGUGCCACAAGCCUGGAGCUCCCCAUGGCCAUGCGUUUCAGACAUCUGGAGAAGACGUCCAAAGAAGCUGUAGGGGUGUACAGAUCUGCCAUUCAUGGGCGUGGUCUGUUCUGCAAGAGGAACAUUGACGCAGGGGAGAUGGUGAUCGAGUACGCAGGCAUGGUUAUUCGCGCCGUGCUGACUGACAAACGCGAGAAGUACUAUGACAGCAAGGGCAUCGGCUGCUACAUGUUCCGCAUCGACGACUUCGACGUGGUGGACGCCACCAUGCACGGCAACGCGGCGCGCUUCAUCAACCACUCGUGCGAGCCCAACUGCUACUCGCGCGUCAUCAACGUGGAGGGCCAGAAGCACAUCGUCAUCUUCGCCCUGCGCAAGAUAUACCGCGGCGAGGAGCUCACUUACGACUACAAGUUCCCCAUCGAGGAUGACAGCAGCAAGCUGAUGUGCAACUGUGGGGCCCGUCGGUGCAGACGCUUCCUCAACUAGGGGGGAAGGGGAGGGGCCCAGGGCGGGGUUUGAAACUGGGAACAAGUUUUCCAUGGCUACUCUUGAGAAGGUGGCCAAUGAAUCCUGACUUUUUCUUGGGGGUAUGGGAGAAUAAAAUACUCUGGAAAGAAAACUGCUGAGGAGAGAGAGCGGGUGUUCUAGAAGGUGCUGGAAUGUCCAGAGGAUGUGCACACAUUUAGGGCUCCUUGUUUUUGGCAGCACUGAGCAUGUCUUCACUCGAGCUCACCAGUCACAGCUCUGUAUCUGAGAGAAAAGGAUGAAAGGGAAGGAUUUUGAGCUGGACACUAAACAUUACGAUUUUACUCUGGCAACAGUAACCUUGACCUUCUGCAUUCCAAGUCAUUUCAGUUUAACUGCUGGACAAUAAAGGGGUUACUGACUGCUCACCUACCACAGAGCAGCACAGAACCAAGGUAAUGUUUUGUUACAGAUUAUGAUGAACUCCAAUUGGAGGAUUCCGGUUCAGGUUUAGUUCUCGCUCAGUGCUUGGGGUUAGUCUUUUCCAGGCAUGCAUAGGUUUAUCCUUGGAUGUGUGACUUUUCUCUCUCUCUCUCACUCUUUCUCUCUGGAAGGCUCCCGCAGUUGAAGGGGGGAUCCAAGUUGUCCUCAAGCUAGCUCCUUUCCUUGUCUUUACAGGGGUUACAUCUGCAAAACCAGUGCCAAGUUCUCUUCACUACCAUCCCGGGCCAGUGUUUCUGAGCUGUGGUUCAAUCUCUUCAACUCCCCCCCUCCCCCCCCCCCCCCCACUUCUCCUCUUCUGUUCUGCCACCCCCACCCCAUUGGCCCCCGCCAUUCCCAGCGCUUUCUCCGGUCUGUGCAGCACAAAGUAAAGCAGAACUUUUGAUAAUGUAUUGUGGUAACCCAAUGAUGGCUGACUGUCGUUUUGUAUUUCGCUUCUUGUUUUUGCCUGCACUGUACUCGCGCCAGUGUGACACGCAUCGGCGUGAUGUUUUAAUGUGAUUAUCUGCUCGGUGCAAGUUAUCUGUCAGGGAUUUUUCAUCCUGCUGUGAGAGCGGACCCCCCCCCCCCAAUUAGAAAGGCAUGAGAAGGGACUAGCUCCCAUCAGAGCUUUUUUUUAUAUGGUUAAACGUUACUUUGGUUUUCAGACGCAAAUAAUCAACGAGUCCGCUAUUUAUAAAAUGGGCUUUAGUUACCGAUUCAUUUUAUGUAUUAUACUUUUUUUUUUCUUCUAAAUGUUUUUGGCGUGUUGCUUCCUUGUGGUUCUAGCACCCCCGUUCGACAGUGCUGAUUAGGUUUUCAGUUUGAAGCAGGUGCGUCAAUCACCAGUCCGGAUUCCAGUCGGACUAAACAGUGAUGACACUCGCGAACAGCUCAACCAAUGGGAGAACACUCCAACUUGGAUAGUGUGUUUUCUGUAGCUAGUAUGUGUGACUGUUUUUUUGGGGUCGGGUGAAUGCAAUUUUGAAAGCGACCAGGUAGCAUUUUUUCCACUGGCAGAGCGUUACUGAAACCAGAUGGCAACAAGAUCUAUCGCAUUAGAGAAAAAAUAAAAUAAAAUAAAAAAUGCCGCACAAUGCGCUACUUAAUGAGGAGAAAGCAUUCAGCACCUUAAAGCUUAUGACACAUUACUCAGUUGUACAUAGCUCUUCACAGUUAAAUGUUCGUCAUUAGAAAAUGCCGUUGUGUGUUAAAGAUUGCUUCUGUAUUUCGUAGUGCAGCUCAUUCUUAACAUAUGUGUUCAAACUAUGGAAUUGUAAAACGAUAAUUCCGUAAUGGGCAAGUUGUGCCAGGGAUUUUUGUUUGUUUGUUUGUUUGUUUGUUUUGUUAUACCAAGAGUGUGUUUUCAUAUAUUAUAUAUAUAUAUGUAUGUAUAUAUAUUAUGUGUAUAUAUACAUACAUGCAUAUAAUGUUCUGGUGAAACCAUGGUUAUAUUUUCCAUUUCAUUUAAUUCUUUAUACUUGAUAUUAGUUUCCUUUACUUCCCUGUACUUGAAAAUAAAUGGUCGUGCUUAGGGUUGGGAAGACAGCAAUAUAUUGUGAUGUAUCCUAUAGUAGAAACAAAGGUAUUGUAUUGAGCCAGGUUUUUUGAAUUUUUAAAAUAUAUUAGAAACUUUCUUUAUUUGGAGACCAGCAGGAAUCAAGAGUUUGUAGCAUUAACGGUGAGAAAUGCAACAGAAGCUAGCUUACUUCCCUGUUCCAUUUCUCCUACUAUUAAGUACAUUCUCACUUGCAGUCGAAUCCUUAUAAAUGCAUAAAUCCAUUUUAUUGCAUAGUGUGCAGCUGAUCCAGUUUGAAUCCUUCUUGCAAUUCUUACUUCAGUUACAUGCAUACUCUGGUUAAAUGCGUAACUCCGCACAAGUCUGGGGCAUGUGCAGUUCUCACAAUUGAACUCUGAAAACAUCACGAGGGCUUCAGUUGUGUGUGAGCAUCCACCUGGGCACUGAAAUACAAUUCGAUUGCUCUUGAAGCCCCACUUCUUCUUUGCAAGGAAGUGAUUGAGCCAGGCCUUUGCACCUGCUUUGUCUUGUAUUUCCUGUUUUAACUGGCCAUUCUUCAUUUGUGUUUCCACUCACUACCAAUUUCUCACAGGGAUACUACCUCAGUAGCUUGUGAAAAUAGAAAGAAUUCAAAUGUAAGAUGUCUGCUCGGUCUCGACUCUCCUGCAGAAACGGCCUGAGGGUGCAAUGAAGGAUGCAAUUAAAUAGUUAAACUUGACUUCACCGCUAAGGUCUCUCUUGCUGAGUACUGUGGUGAGAGCUGUGUGUACCAAUGCAGGCUUAUUUUAACAAAGAAUAAAGUUUAGGGCAAAAAAUCAGCAAACCUGGGCUCUUACCUUGUAAAAAGAAAACCUUUGUCUGUACAUAGUUGUAUACAAAUUUCUAAACCCGUUUAAAAUUUUCUAUGCACUUUUUUUAUUUAUGAUGUUCUUUGCUUAAUAAAGAUUAAGACGUUUGAACAAAAAAAAAAAA